AUGGAAACAAACCCAUAUGUUUUUAAGAAUUUAAUACAUAUAUAUGAAGAAUAUAUAAACCUGAUAAUAAACAGAGUAAAGGGAUACAAAGUAUUAGUACUUGAUGAUGAAACAAAAGUGAUAAUUUCUUUGAUAUUUUCACAUUCUUAUAUUUUAGAGAAAGAAAUAUUUUUGACACUAAAUUUUAAUGACAUUAAUAUUUUUGAAGAUAUAAAAAAUGGUAAUAAGAGUGCAGGUGGUAGACAACUAGAGGAAUUAAGUUUUCAAAAUUAUAAAAUAAAAAAUUUAAAACAUUUGAAAGCUAUUUUUUUAUUACGGCCUACACAUAAAAAUAUAUUAAAAUUGAUAAAAGAGCUCAAAAAACCCAUUUUUUUAGAAUAUUAUUUAUUUUUUACAAAUAUAUUAAAUAAUAGUUAUAUAGAAAAACUAGCAAAAGCUGAUGAAUUUGAAUGUAUAAAAAGUGUUAUGGAAUAUUAUAUUGAUAUUUAUGUAUUACAUGAUAAGUUAUUUUCUCUAAAUAUUGAUUAUAUAUCAUUUUUAUAUAAGAAUGAUAAUAAAGUGCUAUUAAAAAAUAAAAUAAAAAAUGUUAGUGGCAAUAGUUUGAAUAUGAAAAGAAACAUUCAAUUUAAAAGUUCUAAUAAUAGUCUUACUUUUGAAGAAUUUAAUAAAAAUAAUGUAAAUUAUAUCAACUUUAAUUAUUUGGAAAACGAUAAUGAUGAUUUUAAUAGCAAAGAUUUACAAAAUCAAGAAGAUGUCGGUUCCAAUAAUGAAUCAAAAAAUAUGUUAUAUGAACAUUUGUUAGUAAAUAGAUUAAUAGAAGGAAUGUUUUCUUUCUUAUGUUCUAUUAAACAAGUACCAGAUAUUAUAUAUAAUAAACAUUCAUAUGUUUGUAAAUAUAUUAUAGAUGCUUUAAAAAUGAAAAUGUUAAAACACGAAAACAUUUUUUCAAAUAUUUUAGAAAAUUAUGAAAAUUAUGAUAAAUAUACAAAAACAAACCCAAUGGAAAAUUAUAAAGAAAACAAUUUAUUAAUUAAUAAAAAUAUAGAUGUAAAUACAGAAGGGAAUUGUUGUUAUAUGGUAGUACUUGAUAGAAAAGAAGAUCCUAUUACACCUCUUUUAAUGCAAUGGACAUAUCAAGCUAUGCUACAUGAAUUAAUAGGGAUAGAUAAUAAUAAAAUAAUUUUAGAUUCUAAUAAUAGUGAAGAAUCUCAAAUAGUGAUGUCUAGUAAUUAUGAUGAUUUUUAUAAUGAACACUUAUUUGAUAAUUUUGGUGAUUUAGGGCAAGCUGUACAAAGUUAUGUAGAUGUGUAUCAAAAAGAAACUGCUCGUAAAAGUAAAUUAGAAUCUAUUGAUGAUAUUCAAAAAUUUAUAGAAGCAUAUCCUAAUUAUAAAAAACUUUCAGGGAAUGUAACAAAGCAUGUUAAUAUUUUACAUAAAUUUUCUGAACUUGUUGAAAAAAGAAAAUUAUUUCAUAUUUCUGAGCUUGAACAAUCUAUAGCUAUUUAUCAAAAAAAAAUGGAACAUUUUAAACAAGUUAUUGAAACUGUCAAAAAUUAUUCAUAUACUAAUUAUGAUGCAUUACGGCUUUCAUUGUUAUAUUCUCUAAAAUAUGAAGACAAAGAACAUAUAGAUAUAAUAAAAAAAGAAUUACAAAAAAGAAAUAUAGAAAAAGAUCAAAUAUCUUUGAUUGACUCACUUAUGAUUUAUUCUAAUGAUAAAAAUAGAAAAAAUAAUAUAUUUAAAGAACAAACAUUUCUAGAUUAUGCUAAAACAACUAUAACUCGAACUAUUAAAGGCGCCUCAAAUGUUUUUACUUUACAUAAAUCAUAUAUAUAUUAUUUAAUUGAUGAUAUUAUUAAAUUUAAAUUAGAUACAAGCAUAUAUACCACUACCAAUCUACUUAAUAUUGCACCAAAUAUGAACAAACAAAUUAAUUCGAUAAUUGUAUUUAUCAUAGGAGGUGCGACAUAUGAAGAAUACAGAGAUGUUCAAGAUUUGAGCAAAAAAUAUAACAUAAACAUUGUACUUGGUGGUACGCAAAUUCAUAAUUCGCAAUCAUUUUUAGCAGAUGUGCUUCAGUUAACUAAAAAAUAG